AUGAGAGAAAUAUCUGCCCAGCUCCUGGUUGGGAUGUUUGUGAGGAUGCUGCAGAUGUUGUCAGCAGAGGAUUCCUCACCAUCUCAUUUAUCGGCUGAUCCUAAGGGAUAUAUAGUCUAUUGUCCCUGCAUGGGUCGGUUUGGCAAUCAGGCAGAUCAGUUCCUAGGUGCAUUAGCAUUUGCAAAAGCUCUGGAUAGGACUCUUGUGUUGCCACCCUGGGUGGAAUACAGAAGAGGUGCGGUUAGUGCUGUAAUGGAACCAUUCGACACUUACUUUCAAGUAGAGCCUUUACAAGAAUACCAUCGAGUGAUUACCAUGGAGAAUUUUAUGAUGAAUCUUGCUCCAACUAUUUGGCCUCCAGGAAAAAGAAAAGUGUUUUGUUAUGGAGCUCGGCAUGGGUCAAAUAAAAAUGAAUGCAAUGCAAAAGAAGGCAAUCCAUUUGGUCCAUUUUGGGACUGGUUUCAAAUUGACUUUGAUGAGUCUGUAAUGUUUGGACCCCUUUAUUAUGACACUACAAGCACAAAUGCAGUAGCCGAUUGGAACAGCAAAUACCCAGCAAAGGACUACCCAGUACUUGCAUUUGUAGGGCCGCCAGCAGCAUUUCCUGUCUCCCAGUUCAACGUGAAGCUGCAGAAGUACAUCAAGUGGUCAGAUAAUUACAGUAAGAUGGCAGACGACUUUAUUCAGCAGAAUGUGCCAGAAAGGCCAUUUCUAGGAAUACAUCUACGUAAUGGGCCAGAUUUUGAAAAGGCUUGUGAUCAUGUGUCUACAACACCUAACAUGUUUGCAGCCAAGCAGUGCAUUGGAGAGAGAGGGGAGUUUGGUACAACAACAAUGGAAAUGUGUUUUCCUUCGGUGUCAACAGUUACAGAACAGGUUAAAAGAGAAGUAGAAAAAUUAGGAGCCAGAGCAGUUUUUAUAGCUACAGAUUAUCAUGAUCUAAGAGCAGAGCUGUCCAAAGUUCUGAAAGAUGUGAAGCUUGUCAAACAAGCAGAUCCGCCAUCACCACUCCUGGAUCUGGCUAUCCUAGGCAGGUCUGACCAUUUCAUUGGCAACUGUGUGUCCACAUUUACAGCCUUUGUCAAGCGCGAGAGAGAUGUCAAUCAGUUGCCAUCAUCUUUCUGGGCAUUUGAAAGACCUCGGAAGGUGGAGCUUUGA